AUGCCACUUGGUACUGCCAAAACAAUGCCAAAACAAUCUGCCUUGUUGGGGCUGAUUCAACCAGAGAACAUUCUGCGAAAUCUGCGAAGCAUUUUUCCCUUUACACAUUGGAACUCCUGUGAUCCCAUGGGGUGCUGCCAGAACAAGGAGCUUUACGUUGUAUGCUCAUGGGACUGGGACGAAGGUAAUCACCUGGCGAAAGAAGUGUGGAAACAAAAGGUCGACCCCUACGAGGCCGAGGAGAAAGUCUACACAGGCCAUUCUUUGGCUCAAAGUAAAGAGCGCCAAAAUGUUGUGCUGAGCCUCCCAGUCCACGAGGUUGUGCGGAUUCUCGACAAUGUCGCGGUGGCGGCGGUUGGCAUUCCGCACUGUGACGCUGGCAGUUGCCGGUGGUGGUGCUGGCCUUUACAUGUACCGGCAGAGGUUAAAGGACAACAAGGCAGUUGCAGCGAAGGACUUCAAUGCAGCUCAGCCCAAGGCGACCGCCUUCAGGCUGCUUUCAAAAGCCUCAAGUCCCCAGAUGGACGGAUCGAGCUGUUCAGAUAUACUACUUGCCCCUACUGUGGCAAGGCCAAGGCGUUCUUGGACUAUUUCAGAGUCCCAUAUGAGGCAAUCGAAGUGGAGCCGAUGUUCAAAUCCCAGCUAGUACCCAGUGAAUACAAAAAGCUUCCGCAGCUACGAUUUGGUGGCGAAGGAGGUGUGUGGCUGGUUGACAGCGACCACAUUGUGAACACCUUGGCCCCACUCCUGGGGCUCGAGAAGCAGCUUACAGAUCCCGAGGUCGAGCGGUGGCGAAAUUGGGCACGUGAGAGCUUGGUGCGGCAUGUCACUCUCAACAUAAACAGGACCUUGUUGAGUGCCUGGGAGGGUUAUAGAUAUAUAGACUCUUUCGAUACCAUCCCUUUGGCCAACAAACUCUUUCUGAAAGUUGUUGGAGCGCCUGUGAUGUACAUGGUUGCAACAAAAAAAACUUACCCUACGCUGGUGAAGGCGGGCGAGUUAAAGGACAGCGAUGACUGGCGGUCUGUUUUCCACCAGCAGGUCAAUCACUUUGUCGAUGAGGCAUUGAAGACGCAGCAAUUUCACGGUGGACGACGUCCAGACUUGGCGGAUUUGGACGUCUAUGGAGUGCUUCAGUCGAUUCGUGGUGCUUUUGACCGCGAUGAGUUCGAUUUUGCUGAGCCGUCAGAUCUUCCAGAGUUGAGGACUCCUCUGCACCUAACAGGCAACUUUGCCGACUGGCGCACAGACUUCGCACCGAGCCGUUUGAGGCGGGUGGCGUUGGAAAAGGACACCUUGCGUCUGGCUAUGUGCCUCCGUUUGACAUCCCAGUCGUUCAGCUUCCAGGUGGUCUGUCCAACCAAAGAUUGGUCUUGGCGUCUCUAUCCGCGAGAUGCACAGCCCAUCAGGUUUACCCACGUCUCCAAAGAGGGAAAGCUGGUUGCUGGAAACGCUGAUGCUGUGGCCGUGGCCGUUGGAGACCUGCGAGCUGGCCAUGGCUUGAAUUUCCAUGUCUUGGAGCGGAGUGGCGCAGUGGUGACGGUGUGGGUGGAGGUCCCAGUUGUCUCCAAGGAGGAGGGGACCCUGGACAUCCAGUUCGAGUCUCGAAGAGCUCGUGUGUGGUACACACUCGAGGACAGCGGUGUUCAGUACGAGGGUGGUGACGGAGUGGACGUCGACAAAUACAAGUACACUCCGAUGGGACUGGCAAUGAAAUCAGUUCAGGGUUCAUCUUCCAUCAAAGGGUCUCUACCUUUUUCGUUCGGACAAAACGAGAGCCUCUCAAGCUGUUUGCGUUGGUUGCUGCAGCUUCACAGAGACAGAAUGAGUAUUGAAUCACCAGAAUCAAAUUUUCUGGGUAUGCGGCACAUUCGGAUUUUCAAGUAAUUUGCAUUAAUUUGCCAUUGAUCCUUCGUUCCUGAUAAUUCACGGAACUACUACUGUACAACUUUGCAUUGAAAAAGAGAUUGGAUUGCAUGGGCAUGGAUAAAAAUGGACAGAGGAUGAACUUCAGAAUAGAGGCAAAAGCAUACCUUUCCCUAGCCUGUGUUUGGUGACGGGAACUGAAUGAAGUAGCAACAUGAAGCAACAUGUAGCAACAUUUAAGAAGCUCGAGAAGCUCGCGAGACUUUCAAAGCGACUUCAGUCGGCCUCACUGUGCAGGUGGAUGGGAUGGUCAGCUUAGAC